GCUUUGGACUGUGAGUUUCAGGUUUCGACCAUGCAGAUUCGAGGCGAUAAUUCUUCUAAGAAAGUAGUGCUCGGACCACCGGUAAAGUGGAAGAAAGUAGUGAAUUCAUCUGGACCAUCACCAAGGCCUCGUCAUGGACAUCGAGCAGUUGCCAUCAAAGAUCUUAUGAUUGUAUUUGGAGGUGGAAAUGAAGGAAUCGUUGAUGAGCUUCAUGUAUACAAUACAACAACUAAGCAGUGGUUUGUUCCCUCUGUCAGAGGAGAUGUCCCAAGUGGUUGUGCUGCUUAUGGUAUCGUUUGUAGCGGUACACAUAUCUUUAUAUUUGGAGGAAUGGUGGAAUAUGGGCGAUAUACCAAUGAUUUAUAUGAGCUACAAGCGUCACGUUGGGAAUGGCGCAAACUGAGGCCUAGACCACCCCGUUCUGGAUGUGCUGGGCCGUCACCGCGGCUUGGCCAUUCAUUUUCGUUAGCGAGCAACCAGGUUUGUUAUGUAUUCGGAGGUCUUGCUAAUGGAUCGUCUGACCCCAAGCAAAAUAAGACGAUUUAUCUUGAUGACUUCUUUUCAAUUGAUAUCCGUGGUCCUGUGGGAUCACUGCAGUGGGAACAGCCCACAUAUGGUACUCGUCCUUGUGCUAGAGAAUCACAUUCUGCAAUUGUACAUGAAACAGAAACACGUCGGCAGUUGGUCAUAUUUGGUGGUAUGAACGGUUGUCGACUAGGCGAUUUGUGGAUACUUGAUCUUGAUUCGAUGACAUGGGAUAAUCCCUUGAUUGGUGGAGUUGCGCCUACUCCACGUUCUUUACAUACCGCUAAUCUUAUUGGACACAGAAUGUACAUUUAUGGUGGAUGGGUGCCAAUGAGUGAACGCGACAGUGAAACUGAGAUUAAAGAGUGGAAGUGCACAAAUGAUCUUUCUUCCUUAAACCUCGAUGAAAUGGUUUUGCAACAAUUCCUUUGCAGAGAACUUGCCACGAGCAAGGGCUGGACACUUGUGUACAGAUGUGCUUUUCUUUCACUACUAAAUGUUUGUUGCAAAGAUAUGUGGUAUUUGGAAACAUCUGUGCCAGGAACGCCUUCCCGUGUUCAGUUAGUUCGUGCCAGCGUUGCUGGUUUAGAGGUGUCUUCUCUCCCUACAGACCCUCCAGUUAUGACUGAAAAUGUCCAACAUCUUCACGGUGAAACAUGCAGAGGUGGUGAACGGUCAGAAUCCCAAACUCUUCAGUCUGCGAAGCCAGUUGCUAAUGAGGAGUUGUGGUUUGAUGUGGGAAUUAUCAAAGGAACCACAUGUCUCGUUACACACUACUUUCUUCAUGGAGAUCAAUCACUUGAAAGCACAUAUGGGGUAAAUCUGUCUAUUGGAAGAAAUCUAAUGUUCGUAAAUUUUAAUCCUGUGGUAGAUGAAUUAAUUUUUCUGCAAAAAGCUGAACUUGAGCCGGGAACGGCUUACCGCUUCAGGGUUGCAGGAAUAAAUUCGAUUGGCCGUGGCCCAUGGAGCGAAGUUUCUGCUUUCAAGACAUGCCUUCCUGGAUUCCCAGGAGCGCCCUCCUCAAUAAAAAUAACAAAGGGUCAAGACGGUGCUCAAUUAACAUGGGAGCCUCCCCAGAAUGUUGCAGGACGCAUUUCUGAGUACAGUGUAUAUUUGGCGGUACGCAAUACAUCCGGAUCCAGCGACAACCAGUUGGCAUUCAUGAGGUUGUAUGUUGGUGCUGAACCAGAAUGUGUUGUUAAUCAGUCGAACCUAGCCGCUGCAUAUGUCGACCAAUCCGCUAAACCUGCGAUCAUCUUCAGGAUAGCUGCUAGGAAUGAAAAGGGUUAUGGACCUGCUACCCAAGUACGAUGGUUGCAAGAUCAAAAACCUGUGUUGGCACAUGCAGCCGCUCCCACAUUGGUCACAACUGCGCGUUAUCCAGUGGGCUACUAUUCCCAGCCAAAACGACAUCGCAUGGAUCAAUUAUGA